AUGGAUGAUCUUGGUAGUCUUGUCGUAAAACUCUUCGAUAUCGAGGCAUUUAAGUUUGGUUCAUUUAAACUCAAAAGUGGCAUUCAAUCGCCCAUUUACAUCGAUUUACGGGUUAUCAUCAGUUAUCCUGAUAUUCUCCGAUCUAUCGCUGUGCAUAUGAAUGACAUUAUACAACGUGCCAACGUCGCAUGUGAUUCGAUCUGCGGAGUUCCUUAUACCGCGUUGCCCAUCGCUUCGAUCAUCUGUGCUGAUUACAAAAGACCGAUGUUAAUUCGUCGAAAGGAAAAGAAAGAUUAUGGAACAAAAAAGUUAAUUGAAGGAAAAUUUCAACCCAACGAUCGAUGCUUAAUCAUCGAAGACAUCGUUACCAGCGGAUCGAGCGUUGCUGAAACCGCAGAAAGUCUUCGUGCAGAAGGCUUGCAGGUCACUGAUGCCAUUGUGUUUUUUGAUCGAGAACAAAAUGGUGAAAAUAAUCUGAAGGAGAAAAACAUUCGAUUACUUCGAGUUUUGACGAUAACGGAAGUGUUAGGACAUUUGGUGAAGCACGGUCGAAUUACGGAAGAGAUGUCAAAAACUGUUCAAAUGUUUAUUCGUGAAAAUCAAACUCAAUUACCUUCAUCGAAACCAGAAAUUGCCGAAACAAAACAUCUGUCGAUGUCUAUUCGAGAACGAUUUCAAAUGAUACUGAAAGAAAAGAAAACAAAUCUUUGCUUAUCUGCAGAUUUACCUAGUCUUGAUGAAAUUAUCGAAGUAAAA